CCCAAAAACACCAACACUUAGUUACUUGGUCGCUGUUGCCUCCGUUGUGCCAGUCCUUGCGAUCCAUCACCACUGCGUCCGGCCUCGCGUCCGGCGCUCUCGACUACGAGCCUGGUCUCUGCUCAUACUUUGCCUCUCCGAAGCGCCUUGGUCUGACGUUUUUGAACUGCCACCUACCGUCUCGCCCGGCACUCAGGCUCGGCCACUGCUAGGCGGAGGGAGCUUACGACGAGCAAUCCCUGACGGGUCGUCCUCACACACCGUACUCGCAAUCGUGUGACACGAAGCGAGGCACGAACGGAAGCGGGCGCCAUAGCGUGACAAGUAUCUGGACGCCGAAGGGGGGACUCGCAGCGCCAUGGAUUCUUCACAGCACUCUGGACUAGGCCCGCGCCGUGACGCGGCAUCAAGAGUCCAAAAACCUGAGUCUACUGCUGACAAGAUGGCGGCUCUCAAGGCUCGUGUGGCAGCCGCCAUCGGAACGAGCAAGGCAAAAGGCGGUUUGAGCGUUGGCCUGCACCCGGCCCUCGAGGAUCUUGGGUCUUGGAAAUCGCAGGCCAAGACCACAGACAGUCCGAAGACACCACGAACAUCACAUGUUGAGCCGGCCAAGUCACCCCGGCUCAACACGCCGAACAGCCGACCCGUCCAGGGCAAGAGUAAAGACUACAAUCCGUAUUUCGACGAUAGUCUCGCCUCUCAAACAACCGGGGGCAGACGGCGGGAGCCGAAGCAUUUGGUUUUCAAUCAGAAGGGCAAGUACAUUCAGCAAGCGAGUGCCCUCCGUCGGCAGGCUGCCCUGGAAAACAUGAAAAAGAGGAUAGCGGAGCAGACGCGGAAAGCCGGUAUUGAUGAUGACCUGGACGUCGAGAAGAACUUCGUGGUGGAGGCACCUCCAGGAAUCGAGUGGUGGGAUGAGGGCUUGCUUGCUGGACAGAGCUACGACAGCCUCGAGGACCCGAUGAAACUGAAGAUACUUUCGCCAGACAGCAUCGUGACGGAGUACAUUCAGCAUCCAGUUGCUCUGGAGCCUCCCCAGGACCGCCAUGCGUCGACCGCAAAACCCAUGUACCUUACAUCCAAGGAGCAAGCCAAGAUACGCCGCCAGCGUCGUAUGGCAGAGCUGAAGGAAAUGCAAGCCAAAAUCCGACUCGGAUUGGUGCCUGCGCCACCCCCAAAGGUGAAGAAAGGCAACCUAAUGCGUGUCCUUGGAGAUGUCGCUGUCAAAGACCCUACGGCAGUCGAAGCGAGAGUCAAUCGUGAAAUAGCGGAGCGUCACGACAAACACGUCCAGGCGAACGAGGAACGCCAGCUCACCAAGGACCAAAAACAAGAAAAGUUGGCCAAAAACCAGCAAAAGGACGCGGACAAGGGUAUACAUGUCCUAAUCUUCAAAAUCAACAGCCUGGCCAAUGGGCAGCAUCGCUACAAGAUCGGUGUCAACGCCGAGCAGUUGGGCCUCACGGGGACUUGCAUCAUGCACCCCAAAUUCAAUCUCGUCAUUGUCGAGGGUGGAGCAUGGAGCAUAAACAAAUUUCGGAAGCUGAUGCUCAACCGCAUUGAAUGGACUGAGAACUCUCCACCAAAGUCCAGGGACGACAAGCGCGAAGCUGGCCGCGACUGGCUCAAGGCCGAGACCGAGGACGGGAGCCUCAAGGACAUGUCAUUGAACGAAUGUAAGCUUGUCUUUGAAGGCGAGCAAAAGGCGAGAGGCUUUCGAAAAUGGGGCAGCAAGGUUUGUGAGACGGACCAAGAGGCCAGAGACGUUCUUUCACGGGCCAAGAUGGACAAUUUCUGGUCUCUGGCCAAGGGGCUGGCUUAGACAAAAUGAAGACUUGUGCGCCUUGCUCUACAACUUGAGUGCCAAGGAACGUGGGGACAAGUCCAACGCAUUCUAUUUGCGUUGUCCGCCCGCUUGGCUCUGCCGAGCGCAUCUAUAAGAACUUGUUACAUCUCUUGCCACAUCUCCUCUCGCACACUGACUGGGCUUAGUGCACAGUAUGUUCCCACCGCACAAAAGAACUACCCGCCGAUGUGCUAAUGGCACGUUGCCCCGCGUUGUUAACUUCGCCAGGGUUGUUCCGGCGGCAGUGUGUGUGGUGAAGUUGGUGGCAUCAGGAGGCCCUUUCCAUCUGCCCCACCAUUCUCUUGCUCGAUCCUCGGGGCUG